AAAGACUUGUACAGAACAAGAUUGAUUUACACGCGCGUUGAUUAUAGGAUCGAAACGUGGCAGCUUACAAUGUUCAGAAUCCCAGAUUUGCUUACCAAAAAGAGGGACGGAAUGGCCCUUACCUCAGAGGAAAUUAGAUAUUUUGUCCAGGAGGUGGUCAGUGGAGGGGUGCAGGAAUGUCAGCUCGGAGCUAUGUUGAUGGCAAUAUACCUGAAGGGUCUCACAGACGAAGAGACGGUUUGCCUUACAGGGGCUAUGAAGGACUCGGGAGAUGUGCUGGGUCCCUGGCCAGCGGAGUGGGAGGGCAAAAUCGUAGAUAAACACAGUACAGGUGGCGUGGGUGACAAGAUCAGCCUCAUUUUAGUGCCAGCUCUGGCAGCAUGUGGAAUGAAGGUUCCGAUGGUAUCGGGCCGUGGCCUAGGUCAUACUGGUGGAACCUUAGAUAAACUAGAGUCUAUUGAAGGUCUGUCCGUCGCAGCGUCUAAGAAUGACAUUUUGCGGAUUUUGACGAAUGUCGGCUGCUGCAUUGUGGGUCAAACAGACAAUCUUGUUCCCGCCGACAAGGAAAUGUACGCCAUUCGUGACGUCACUGGAACAGUCGAUAACAUGGGGCUUAUUGCAGGUUCCAUAAUAUCAAAGAAAGCAGCGGAACACCUAAACGCACUUGUGUUGGAUGUCAAAUUCGGUGUAGGGGCUGUUAUGGUAGAUGAAGUGAAAUCGAGAGAACUGGCGAAAAAGAUGGUAGACAUCGGAAAUGGUUUAGGGAUAAAAACAGCGGCCUUAAUAACUGAUAUGAAUAACCCAAUAGGAAAGAUGAUAGGUAAUGCUCUAGAAGUUGCAGAAUCUGUGAACUGUCUCUUUGGGAAUGGACCAAUCGAAUUAGAGGAUCUUGUUCUCAGUCUGGGUGGGCAAUUGAUGCUUCUUAGCGGGAAUGCAAGUUCUGUAGAUGAAGGACGAACGAAACUCAAAGAAACUCUUUCCAAUGGAGAAGCAGCAAAGAAAUUUAAGGAAAUGAUAAUUGCCCAGGGAGCCGAUCCAGAAAAAGCCGAGAUCUUGUGUACAAAGGGAGCUGAUGUAUGGAGUGUACUCCCAGAAGCCAAACACGUGACCUCACUGAAAAGCAAAUGUUCUGGUUAUGUCUACACCAUAAAUUCACGUACCUGUGCAGAGUGUUCUCUAAAGCUUGGUGCUGGGCGCCAAGCAAGUACAGACAAAAUAAAUUAUGCUGUCGGCUUAGAAUUAUGUGUUGAUAUUGGCUCCAGCAUCAAAGAGGGUGACACUUGGAUCAAAGUUCAUCAUGACUGUGACGUCAUUCCUGAUGACAUAAUGAGGCUUCUUAGUGGGGCUAUUAAUGUUCAAACCUCAAAACCAGAAAUCCUUCUUACUCGUGUCAAAGAUACCAUAUCUUAAAGCCUAUAAAAGGAAAUACAAUGCUGAACUUUGAUGAUUUAAUAUUUUUUAUGAUGAUUUUUUUUAUCUUAAGUUCAAUUGUGAUUUUCAGUUUCAUUGUUAAAGAGUAUUGUUUGGUUUUGCAGCGAAGCCUUUAAAGACAUUAAAAUCAUUUAAGCGCUUUACCAAUUCCUGUUAAAAUACGGAUCUUAUCUAUCCAUCUAAAGAUCUAAAGGCAGCAUGUAUACAAAUUGAUCAAUAUAAAACUGUUUUAGAACAAUUUUUUCUAUUAUUAUCUUGAAUAUGCACUUUAGAGUAUUUUUUUUUUGCAUGUGUGUUUGCUUUUUUUUCAUUUUCAAUUUUUUUCCCGUCAGGUGAUGUAUUUUGCUAGAUAUAAAUCUAGAUUUAUACAUUUGUAUAUAUCAUAAUUAUACAAUGAAAUUGUAAACGAGACCCUGUAUCUAGAUCUGUGAUUAUCAAUAGUUAAAAAUGUUUAAUUUUAAUAUAUUUUUUAAAACUUUCUUUGGUUUUAUACUUAAGUAAUUUUUAUUUUAUUUUACAAAAGGCUUAAAAAGAUAGAUAAUUUUUAAAUUAUAUUGUAGGUGAACCCAUAGAUUUGGUAGGAAAUACGUGUAUUACUCCAUGCUUCCUACAUUACUUUUGCCUUUGACAUAUUAAUACUUAUGAACAAUAUAGAGAUAUAAUAAAACAUUAUUAAUUAUA